AUGAUUCCCUCAAGGACGGCACGAACAGUCGCGCGCCGACUACGGUCGCAGAAUGUCGCGCAGCGGCGACAGGCUUCGGGAUCCCACGGCCAUGACGGUCCCGUGAACGAGAGCUACGGUCGCGGAUUCUUCAUCGCCAUUGCUGCUAUUCCCGCGUCCAUGGCCCUCUACAAGUUCAGCGGACAGGGCAGCAACGACAAGCCAUACUUCACCCGCUGGAUCUCCGAAACAUACGCCGGGUACAAGACGCAAUGGGCGCAGCGAAACGACACGCACACGAGAGCUAUGGAGCAGGCGGCGGCGGACAGGAGUUUGUUCAUUCAUGAGACCAACAACAACGUCAGACAUGUGGAUCUGAGAUACCCUGAACAAUUCAACCACUCCAACCCAUGGAACGUGCCAGCCGGUCGCGGUGGUGCCAACUUGGAUGUCUUGAUUGAGAAAUACCAGAAGGAGGCAUACAGCAAGCAGGAGGAGAAGCACCAGCAAUUAAAGGACAACAAGGUUCCGGCAGAGCAGCCUUUUGAGAACUUCCGCAAGGUGACACCGGCUGCUGCAGACAGCGGAUCUUGAGUUGGUUUUCGUUUGUAUGUAAAUAGCUGCAAGCUGGGAACGAUAACCUCUGCAAUGCUCCUUGUGC